AUGGCAAGCAAAGCUGUGAAAACUGUGGCAAAGGCAGUUUCAGAGUACCAGUACCCAUGGAAAGAGAAGUUGGCAAAGCACAAGAAUGAGCUGUCCAGAGGUGUGUGGGGUUACUGGAAUCUCGGGGCAUGGAAACCACUCCACAUUAGUGGACGCCGACGAGCCAGACUUCGCAAGGAAGUCCUCCUCGCGGGGGAAGAUUGGCCAUAUGACCCAGAGAGGAAAGAAAUGAGAACCAAGAUGAAAGGACACAAGUGUGAUAGGAUUUCUGCAGAGAGACGCGCCAACACUGCCAAACUGAUGGAGCAAAUGCCAGAGAUGUUGUUGGCAUACAAGAAACGAAGGUGGGAGAAGAAGAUGAAGGAGGAAGACAAAAACAAAUAA